AUGGGCAAAGGAGAGGCAUCCCGAAUGAGCAAUACAAAACGAAAAGAACCGCAUCCAAGCUCAGAGGCGGAGAUGCCUAAGGAUGCCAUUCCAUUGGGUUCUAAGUUAGACACUGGGUGUAUCAAAGUCGAGACCCCCACAGAAGAAGAAAAUCAAGACAAAUCAUCAAAGGUAUUCCAAGAUUGGUGCAUGUCCGAUGAAAUGAACUAA